AUGCGCCGUUCGAGCACGGACGAAUCCACGUACCGGCGCAGCCCAUCGCCGGAGAGCAAGGAGCGGGGCUUUGCGCGCGGCGGCCCCUUCCGGCGCUGCAGCAGUCUGUACGGUCGAGCGGGAGCCGGGGACGCCGCGGAUGCAGGCGGCGGCUUCUUCGGCCUGCAUGCAAACCCCAGCCCUAAGGCGGCCCAGGCGCGCUAUACGUCGCCCAAGGGCAACAAGUACGUGGUCUUCUACCUGGACCUCUCCUUCAUCUUCCUCCUAGAGCUGAAGCGCUGCAGCAUGGCGCGCGGCUGCCUCCAGGGCGUCAAGUACCUCAUGUUCGCCUUCAACCUGCUCUUCUGGUUGGGAGGCUGUGGCGUCCUGGGUGUUGGCAUUUGGUUGGCUGCCACACAGGGGAACUUCGCCACCCUGUCGUCCUCCUUCCCGUCCUUGUCAGCCGCUAACUUACUCAUCGUCACCGGCACCUUCAUCAUGGCCAUCGGCUUCGUGGGCUGUAUCGGGGCCCUCAAGGAGAACAAGUGCCUGCUGCUCACCUUCUUCGUGCUGCUGCUGCUUGUGUUCCUGAUGGAGGCCACCAUCGCCGUGCUCUUCUUUGCUUACAGCGACAAGAUUGACAGGUACGCCCAGCAAGACCUGAAGAAAGGCCUGCAUCUGUAUGGCACAGAGGGCAAUGUGGGCCUCACCAAUGCCUGGAGCAUCAUUCAGACAGAUUUCCGCUGCUGUGGAGUCUCCAACUACACAGACUGGUUUGAAGUAUACAAUGCCACUCGUGUGCCAGACUCCUGCUGCCUGGAGUUCAGUGAUAGCUGUGGGCUGCAUGCACCUGGCACCUGGUGGAAGGCACCCUGCUAUGAGACGGUGAAGGCCUGGCUCCAGGAGAACCUGCUGGCCGUGGGCAUCUUUGGACUGUGCACUGCACUGGUACAGAUUCUAGGACUGACCUUCGCCAUGACCAUGUACUGCCAGGUGGUAAAGGCGGACACCUACUGUGCAUAGGUCUCACCAACCAUGCUUCUCUGCCAAAGGACCCCACCCUCAAGAAGCUGACCAUACCCCAACCUGCCUUCACUGCAGGACUUGGUGCUCUGCUGGACACAGGAGAGGAGCUGGUGCCCGAAGCCCCCCUCCCCCCAUCCACCUCCUGCCCCUGGAAGGCUUCAGCUUAGGUGGUUGCACUCUCCAGACUGUGGGGCCAAGGGUGGAGGGGACUUUGAUGCUUUUUAUAUUCAUGUACCCACCAGUGUUCACAUGCGGUGGGGGAAGAGGGUAGGUCUAGCCUGCUUAAGGGCCCCACCGGUCCUGGCACUCCACAUGGAGCCAGGCUCUAUCACCCACAUUCCAUGGCUGGACUGUGGCUCCAGGUCCAUCUUAAUAAAGUGCAUCAGCCACACCUGUCUCUCCCUGGGUGUGAACAGGUUGGACAACCACA